AUGAAGCUGAAUAAAUUUUUUGAUCUUGUAUUUCUUUUUUCUUUUAUAUUUUUUAAUAUAAAAUGUAUUCAAAGUAUUUCACUCAAGACACCCGGUUUAUAUUUUAAAAAUGAUAUUUUUUAUACAAACAGGAAUAAUAAUACAUAUGGUUUCAUAGGAUUUAGUAAGAAAGAUUAUUCUUUCCCAAAUUUAAAUAAAACAAAAGUAAAUUCUAAUAAAGACAUUUUAAAAAAAUUUAACAGAAUGAAUGUUUUAUAUUCACAAGAUUCUGAAUAUGGAUUAAGGGAAUAUAAAAAUGAUAAAAGCUUAUGGAAACGAUUCGUUAAUAAAAUGUCAGAAGUUAACAAAAAUGUUUUAACAAAGCUUGUCUGUGCAGGUACUUUCUGUUUAGCAUUAUAUCCUGUAUAUACUAUGUUAUUAAAUAGUAAAAUAGAGUACCUUAUAAAAAAUAUUUUAAAAGAAAAUUUUUUGUAUUUAAAUAUUCCUAAAAGUAUCAAACGUUAUCUUUUUUUCAUAUCGUUUGCUGAAUUCAAGAGAUCUCCUUUUUUCCUUUCAACAAUGUUAAUUGCAUCAUAUACUUUAUAUGUUAUUUUAAAGGUUUAUAUAGAAAAAUAUAGAGAAUCAAAAAGGAUUAAAUCGGCAAUUGAAGAUUAUAACAAAAACAAAAAUGAAUAUAUAAAUACAGGUACAGAUUCAUCCACAGAAAAUGACAUGGAUUAUUAUAAUAAUAUGGACGAUGAUGAUUAUAAUAAAGAUUUUUACUAA